AUGACGCCGCGAAGACACAACAGAGAGUUCCUGAGGACGUGUGGUCAGGAGGACACAUGGUCAGAAGGAGGCGUGGUCAGGAGGACACAUGGUCAGGAGGACGUGUGGUCAGGAGGAGGCGUGGUCAGGAGGAGGCGUGGUCAGGAGGACGUGUGGUCAGGAGGAGGCGUGGUCAGGAGGACGUGUGGUCAGGAGGAGGCGUGGUCAGGAGGACGUGUGGUCAGGAGGAGGCGUGGUCAGGAGGACGUGUGGUCAGGAGGAGGCGUGGUCAGGAGGACGCAUGGUCAGGAGGACACAUGGUCAGAAGGAGGCGUGGUCAGGAGGACACAUGGUCAGGAGGACGUGUGGUCAGGAGGAGGCGUGGUCAGGGGGACGUGUGGUCAGGAGGACGUGUGGUCAGGAGGAGGCGUGGUCAGGAGGACGUGUGGUCAAGAGGAGGCGUGGUCAGGAGGACGUGUGGUCAGGAGGAGGCGUGGUCAGGAGGAGGCGUGGUCAGGAGGACACAUGGUCAGGAGGACACAUGGUCAGAAGGAGGCGUGGUCAGGAGGACACAUGGUCAGGAGGACGUGUGGUCAGGAGGAGGCGUGGUCAGGGGGACGUGUGGUCAGGAGGACGUGUGGUCAGGAGGAGGCGUGGUCAGGAGGACGUGUGGUCAAGAGGAGGCGUGGUCAGGAGGACGUGUGGUCAGGAGGAGGCGUGGUCAGGAGGACGCAUGGUCAGAAGGAGGCGUGGUCAGGAGGAGGCGUGGUCAGAAGGAGGCGUGGUCAGGAGGAGGCGUGGUCAGGGGAACGUGUGGUCAGGAGGACGUGUGGUCAGGAGGAGGAGUGGUCAGGAGGAGGCGUGACCAGGAUGAGGUGUGGUCAGGAGGAGGCGUGGUCAGGAGGAGGUGUGGUCAGAAGGACGUGUGGUCAGGAGGAGGCGUGGUCAGGAGGACGUGUGGUCAGGGGGACACGUGGUCAGGAGGCGUGGUCAGGAGGAGGCGUGGUCAGGGUGAGGUGUGGUCAGGAGGAGGCGUGGUCAGGAGGACGUGUGGUCAGGAGGAGGAGGCGUGGUCAGGGGGACACGUGGUCAGGAGGACGUGUGGUCAGGAGGAGGAGUGGUCAGGAGGAGUCGUGGUCAGGAGGAGGCGUGACCAGGAUGAGGUGUGGUCAGGAGGAGGCGUGGUCAGGAGGACGUGUGGUCAGGAGGAGGCGUGGCCAGGAUGAGGUGUGGUCAGGAGGACGUGUGGUCAGGAGGAGGUGUGGUCAGGAGGACGUGUGGUCAGGAGGAGGCGUGGUCAGGGGGACGUGUGGUCAGGAGGACGUGUGGUCAGGGGGACGUGUGGUCAGGAGGAGGCGUGGUCAGGAGGAGGCGUGGUCAGGAGGACGUGUGGUCAGGAUGAGGCGUGGUCAGGAGGAGGAGGCGUGGUCAGGGGGACACGUGGUCACGCCGUGCUGCCACCGCUCCUCCUGA